AUGGAAGGCGCCUUUGAGGGCCCUAUCAUCACAAACCCUCCAGCCGCAUAUGGCGCAGCUCCUGUAGGUUGGCUGGACAUUGUAACUUUUGCCAAGACGAACCCAGAGAAAUUCGUUUUAACUACCGCUCAUGACGGCGAACGCACCUGUCAGUUUUACCUGAAUGGAGUGCAGGUGCAAAUUUUGGAGGACGACUGGCGCCUCAUCAUGAAUGGCGCCUUGGACAGAUUUUCUAUUGUCUCCACGGCUCCUCUGGAAGAGGAUGAGACCGCCGAAGUGGCCACCUUGGAAAUCGUAGAGCAACGACUACAGAUCCUCAUCAAAAAAGCCGAUGAGAUUGCCAAGAGGGCCCGACAACUUAAUUACCACCUGAGCGGCCGAAAAGCCGGUAUUAACUCUCGCCAUACUGGCCAACAGCCCAGCAGCUCUGCGUUCCAACCUGUCAACCACUCGCAGCGUCACGGUGGUGGUCAUGGAUCCGGUUAUGACCUACAUGCCGACUUACUUCAACAAUUUCUUUCAUCUUCACAAGCUUACCCUCCGAGGGUUCCAUCUAGCGCCGGCCUCGACCCGACGCAGUCUGGACAGCACACGCCGCCUGCAACAAAUCCUCAUCCCCACUCUCUUCCUCUCCAGGGUCGCCCGCCUGUGGCACAUGCCCCAGCAAUACCCCAGCGAGACUCGUCUUAUGAUCCCUCAUCAGCGCACAGAGGCAUCAUCACUGCACGUAUAGAGAAAUUAAAUAAGGGAGACCAGAUAUGGCCGCCUUGCGACCGCUGCCGUAGGCUCAAGUCACCAUGUGUAAAGCACCUGACAGCCUGCCAAGGCUGUACGAAAAAGCACGCCAAGUGUGGUUGGAAGACCAUCACUGAGGGAGAGAUUGCCUGGCUCAACCGUGAAGCAAGCAGCAGUGCUGAUGAGGCUCAUGUCGAAACAAACCCAACAAAUCCACCGCCAUCGAGAACAUUACGAUACGAUCCCACUCAGGACGACGGCCAAUCCAACGGGGAGCCACCGCCCUCGACCAAUCUCAUGCCAGGAGAAGUCUCUCGACCAGCCAGCAGAGGCCAGCAGAGCCAGCAUGGCGGCCAGCAAGGGCACCGUCAGCGAUCUCCGCUGGAACCUGGGUCCCGCAGCCGAACAAGCAGUUUCAUGGAGGUAGAACAAGAGACACCUCCCAACUCCAAGCCGUGGAUUCCAGAGUCUCAUCGGGAACAACUUCCCAGCCUAAAGAGAGACCACUUGCUGUUGAGCCACAUGGCAUCAGCCGCGACAGCAGCAGCCGAUGCCAGGGAUGCUAACAUCACGCCGGCAAGUAAACUUGCAGGCCGGUAG